AUGGUGAGGAAGAAGCGUAAAGCUGUUAUAGAUUUAGAAAGCUCUGAAGAAUGUGAUGCUGGGAAGUUUGAUGGCUUGUAUGAUUCUGAAUCUGAUCUCCAUAUUGAUGUUGACAAUCUCAGUGAUCAUUCGUAUUCUCCUGAUGAUGAUAGUGUCAAACGUGCUGCUUAUAAACAACUUCUUAAGGAGUAUACUGAAAUUAAGCUUUUGACGAGGAAGUUGGCCUUGUCUCUCUCUAAAGAGGAAAAGAAGUCCCACUCAUUGAAAAGGCCAAAAGAUGCUUUUACAAGAUUCUCUGUUUCCAACCUUUCGUCAGUCAUUGAUUCUUUGACUCCUGAUCAAAAGAAGAUUAUUGAUAAUUUUGGAUUUGGUUCUCUACUUCAUUUUGAUAAGUGCUUUGUUCCAAAUAAGUUUGCUCAGUGGGUUGCUAGGCUUGUGAAUCAUAGAUCUGGUGAUAUUGUUAUUGAUGGCAAAGUUAUUUCUCUUACAAAGCAAUCAGUACAUCUAGUUCUUGGUCUCCCAAUUUCUGAUAAACCUUUUCCUGUCAAUCCUGCUACUGGUAAAGCUGUGGUUCUGUCUAAGUUUGGAAAGAAAUCUAUCCCGCCGGUUUCCUUCUUUGCGAACAAAUUCUUGGAUAAAGAACCUAUGUCAGAUGAAGAAGUCUUGAUUUGUUUCAUUCUGGUUGCUAUGCAUAGUUUUCUGUGUGCUAAUUCAUCAGUGACACCUAGUUAUAAGUAUUUUGGUAUAUUUGAAGAUCUUCAUAAUGCCAAACAGUAUGACUGGUGUGGGUAUAUCUUGGAUUGGUUGCUUGAUUGUGUUAAGACCUUUAACCGAGGAAAAUGUUCAAAGGAUUAUGAUGGUGGUACUCUUGGCGGCUGCCUCUAUUAUCUUGCUGUGCUUUAUUUGGAUCAUGUUGAUUUUGGUGCUCGUCAAGUCUCUGAUAAUGUUCCCCGCAUAACUGUUUGGAAAGGUGGUAUGAUUCAGGAAUAUGCUGAAUUUGAUAUGAAGUCUACUGGUUCUUAUGGUUAUCAUCCCUUACUUGAUCAUUCUCAUACUUGCUAUGCAAAGGAUCUCAGAUUCUUGGACAACCCCUCUGCUUUGAAUUUGGAUGAGUCUUUUCUAGAAAAGCUUGAUUCAUUUUCUGGUUGCAAUCUUCCUCUUACUUUGAAGAACAAUAUCUGCUACCUUAUCCAGAAAUUUUGUUUCAAUUGUGGUGUUUCUAUUAAUAUGAAUGUCCAAUCGAUUAAUUCAUUACCUGAUGAUUUGAAAGCUACAUUCUGUGCCCUACUGAAGCAUGUUUAUUCAAUUGAUUCACAUUCUAAGAAUUUAGUUCUUGAUCUCAUCAAGCUGCUUGCUGAUUCUUUUGGUGAUGAUGAUCUUGGUACUGCUCCUUCUGGUAGUGGCCCUCAUGGAAAUAGUCCUGUUUUCAAAGAUGAUGGUGAAAUUAAUGCAGAUGUUAAUGACGAUGUGCCUUUGUCUCAAUACGAGCUCCAUAAAGCAGCACAAUGUUCCCCAUGCAAUGAUAAUUCUCACAUUGGACAGCUACACUCUUCUCCUUCCACUGCAGCAAAUCGAUCUGUUCAUGAUAUGCGAAUUGUUACUCCCUUGCCCGUUCCUAACUUGAGUCGAUCUGCCUCUAAAUCAUGUAACCCUAAUUUGACUUCAGCUUCUGUUGAUAGAGUCAUGGCAAAUUUAAUGAAGAAAACUCCUGUUGUUGAAACCUCUCCUAAAUUUGAUUCUGCGCCUUCCAGUUCUACACAAAGGAGUACGUCCUUUAUUUCUUAUUUAUUUUACAUGUUGUUUAUAAGCUUUUCAUUUUUUUAAUUUUUCAAUACUCUC